AUGGUUCCUUCGGUCGAGGACACCGGUCUUCACGAUCAUUUCAACGAUUGGCCGAACGAAAUUGGGUUUGAUGCCAACUAUGAACAACGGACUCCAGUUGAAUUAGAUGUUGCUGGCAACUUUCCGUCCUACACGGCUGGCAUUCUCUAUCGCAUUGGACCAGGAAAGUCUUCCGUUGACACCGAACAAGGAGAUAUCUUCAGAGUAUCCCACUGGUUUGACGGGUUUAGUCAAACUCAUCGAUUCGAAAUAUUAGCUGAAAAUGUGUCAUCCAGCUCCGUACGGGUGUUUUACAGCUCGCGAUUCUCAACAGACCAUCUAAUUGAGGAGGUUCGACGGUCGGGCUCGAUGGAAAAGAUCAGCUUUGGGCAAAAUCAAGAUCCGUGCAGGGCUGUUUUCAAGAAAGCCCAAAGCACUUAUGAGCCAAGUGACCCCUCGAUGCAAAAUAUUGGUGUGACGCUGUCUGUCAACAUGCCGGGCUUGGAUGGGCCAUAUCCUCCACCAAAUGAAGAGCUUCAGGGCCGCUGGACUGGCUCUUCGGACAUUAAAACCUUGUAUGCAAAGACUGAUUCCACCAGUCUUAAGGAGCUCGAUACUGUCACUCUAGAACCAAUUGGUCUUGCCACACAGAGCAGCCUGCAUCCUGAUCUGGCUGGGCCCUUCUCUGCAUCCCAUGCCCGGUCCGACCCGGUGACGGGGGAUAUGUUCAACUUCAACCUUACCUUUGGCCAAGAAUCAAUCUACCGCAUCUUUCGAGUCUCUGCCUCCACAGGAAAUACCACAAUUCUUGCAACGUUCCCUGGAGUUCCUGCCUACAUUCACUCCCUCCUGAUAACGGAGAACUACGUUCUCUUUUGUGUAUGGAACUCGCAUGUCUCCCCGGCCAAACUUCAAAAAAGCUUUGCGCAAGCAAUUCAACCCUUCGAUACAUCCAAGCCCGCAACAUGGUACGUUGUGGAUCGCCACGGAGACAAAGGCCUUGUCGCAACAUACGAAAGUGGUGCUUUCUUCUGCUUUCACACCGUCAAUGCCUGGGAGGAAUCGUCUUCGACCGAUCCUACCAAAGCCGAUAUUAUAGCGGAUCUUAUCGCGUACGAUAACCUGAAUUUCAUACAACAGGGUCUCUACGAACAACUCAUAUCGACAUCUCCCAAGGCAAAAGAACGGAUCCUUUCAAUGCAGGACAAUCGUGGAACAAUCACCAGAUUUCGUCUGCCGGCGAUCCCGACAACCCCCUGCUCCAACAUUCACUCGGCAACCGUUGUAUGGAACGCAUGCAAGGAGCUAUCCCCAGAUCUACCGACCAUAAACCCUGCCUAUGUCACUCAAAAGCACCGCUACUCAUACAUGAUUGUCAAUCGCGGUAAAUCGACUUUUUUCGACGGAAUCGUGAAAUUUGACGCCGAAACCAAGGGAACUCGCUUGUGGGGCCAUCAUGCACACUCUCCGGGCGAACCCAUCUUUGUCGCUGACCCUAAUGGCUCGAAUGAAGACGAUGGCGUAGUUUUGAGUGUAGUUCUCAAUGGGAGAACCGGCAGGAGCUACCUCCUGUGUCUUGACGCCCAUGACAUGAAGGAAUUGGGUAGGGCUGAUGUCAAUGGGCCGGUGGCAUUCGGGUUCCAUGGCCAACACGUUCCAACCCAUGGAAUGCCAACGGGUGAUUACUGA